AUGCAGGCGAUAUCAAAUACACUGGAUGGUCCAAGUUUUUUAAGGCCGGAGGAUCUUGCUUUUCAACCACGAGAGGAAAUCUCAUAUCGAGUGUUUUAUCCUGAUUUACGUACUGAUGAGCCGUUAGAAAUUGUCGAAGAUAGGUAUCCAGAGUAUUCUGGGAUUGAUUCCUCUCUUUUUGCUUACCAGCCUCCUUCUUCAUACGUGGUAAAGACGCUUCCGGAAGCUAAAGUCGAAAACAUCAAAGUAGUGGAUUAUCAUACUGAAUCUCUGCCUCCUAAGAUCAAAGCAUGCGGUUAUAAUACUUCUACGAAAUUAGAAUUACCAGAAAAUAGGUUUGAAAGGUUCAUAGCUAAGGAUCCUCAUGAUGACGAGAAUUUUCCUGUUUCUUAUGAUCUGGAUGAGCUAGACGCCAUGUGGUUGAUCUAUUACAAUGAAUCGCGAGCCUGUUCAGAUCCUACUUGGAGACCCUUGUCCCAUGAAUUUCUAGAAAUUGCUCUUACAGUUAUUGCUCGACAUUGGCUUUUAUUGGACGCAUGGAUUCCCAAAACAGAACCUGUUCGUAUAGAAGAUGAGCUUGAUGGGCGUUGUGUUAUAUGCAACGAGUCAGACUGUGAAACAAGCAAUGUAAUCAUAUUUUGUGAUAACUGUAAUAUGGCUGUUCACCAAAACUGUUAUGGUAUUCCCUUUGUUCCUGAGGGCCAGUGGUUUUGUAAGCGUUGUUUGCUCGCUGCCAGCGAUGUCAUUUCUUGUGUCUGUUGCCCAGAUCGUGAUGGUGCGUUCCGCACUACCAUUGACGGCCGUUGGUGUCAUACCAUAUGUGGGAUGGCAGUUCCUGAAAUCUCCUUUCAUGAUACUAGUCGCUUGGAUUUGGUUCGCGACUUUUAUGAUAUUCCCAAAUCACGAUGGAAGCUGGUCUGCUGUGUUUGUAAGUUACGCUGGGGUGCUUGUGUACAAUGCUCUGAGAAAAGUUGUUAUACAGCAUUCCACAUUACUUGCGCUAGACGUGCCGGAUUUUAUUACAAGCUUCAUGCUCCUUACGGUAAUUAUAGCCAAGCAGAAGUAGAAUGUUUCUGUGAUAGGCACACGCUUCCUUCUCAUCUCGACGGUGCACUUCAUCGACUCUACCCACUUGCUGUUCAGUAUUAUAGGAGAAUGGCAUAUGAUGUCCCUUUAAAUUAUGUCGCAUGCCGAGCACCUUCUCUUGUCCCAGAGGAACCAUGGAAUUUUCGGCCAUUACCCCGGUACAUAGUAGAGAAAGUAACGUCUACCCUCAAAGAUAUGCACCUUGACGAUAACACCAACGAAAUAAGUUCUAUCAUUAUUGACAUUUGUAAAUACUAUCAAAUGAAGCGUAAGUAUCGACGGGAUGCGCCUUUGUUACGCUCUCAAAGACUUGCGGAUGAACUAGCAAAUCUUCCCGUCAAUGCAACUAAAAGACGUGAGGAUUUUUUAGGUAUUGCACAGCGGCUUCGUGAACAAUAUCGGGAACUCAUGUCUUUAGUUGAAUUGACCGCUCGUAGACAACGAGUGAAAAGUGAAUUAUCCCAAUUAAGAAAGCGAAUUCUAACUGUUGUAUAUUUUCCUUUACAAAAAAUUAUUGAAGACACGUUUGAAAAGAUUCAACAGUUAGAUAAAGAUGGACUGUUUACUUUUCCGUUGGAACACGGGUGGGUUGGAUGGAUUUCGUUAAAGCAGCUAAUUCUUAGUUAUGAUGUUGAUGACUUGUACACUUUGGAAAAUUAUCUAUCACAGAUUUGGAAUAUAGAUGGACUUAUUCAAAGUAUAGAUGAUAUGGAGCGUCUUACAGCUGUUGUACAAUUGGCUCAGCAAUUUGAACCAAAAGCCAAGGAAAUACUCGAGGGUGCUCGACAAAGUUCUGAAGCUUUAAAGAAAGAUAACCUAGGGAAUUUGUCUUUCCCUUCCCUAAAAUUAGACGGAUUAGAAUGUAUCGCUUGGCCUGAUUGCUUUGUUGAUACUACUGAACAAGCGAAACUAGAAACUCCUUCGGAAGAAACUUUCAACAAUUUGGAGAGUUUCGUUAUGAAUCUCAGUUCGGAGGAGAAAUACGGUCGGUUUCAGUUGUCUGAUCUCAAACCAAGCAUACAAAACGAAAAAAUAAAUGAUUCCAUAAAAGAACCUCACGCUGCAACAAGAGGAGUACUACAGGAAAUAGUCACGGAGAACCAAAAAUCAGAUGCCCAAAUGGAGGGUUCAUUAAAUAAGCAUGUGGAUGGCUCUGGAGUGCCUCCAAUUGCUGAAAGACGAACGCGUUCAAUGACAAAAGAUAAUGAGCCAGAUGAACCAUAG